AGGCUGGCAAGCCCCUUCAUGAGUGCCAGCGGCGAAGAGACGGCCCUCGUGGCCGCGCAACCCCUGCCGGCGGGUUGCCGGUCUCGGCCCUUCUCGGCGCCUUCGUGCAGCCAGCCGCUGCGACGGAUGCUUCUGGACGCCGGCGGUUCGCGGCCCGUGACGCGGCCGCUGCCCGUGGCGUGCGCCGGCGGCGGCGUCGAGCUCCUCCUGCCCGCGUCCGCGAACCCGCUGUGCGCGCGGCUGGCCCGCGACUGCCACGAGCAGAACGCGACCGUGUCGCGGCUGUCGUGCGGCCGCCUCUCGCUGACCACGACGCGCGCGCUGUGCGCGGGCGAGGAGCUGCGGCCGUGGCUGUCGCCCGCGCUGCUGGCCGAACUGGGCGUGCCGGUGGCGCUGACGCCGGCGCACAUCCGCGGCCACCGGUGCUACGCGUGCCCGGACUGCGGCGCGGUCUUCGAGCAGCCCAACCCUCUCAAGGCGCACCUGGCGCUGGACGCGUGCGGCGGCAAGCCGCCCAGGCUGGCGCCUCCCAGGCACGCGUGCGCCUUCUGCGGGAAGCUCUACUCGCGCAGGUACGGCCUCAAGAUUCACGUGCGCACGCACACCGGCCACAAGCCCCUGGAGUGCCGAUUCUGCCACAGGCCGUUCAGCGACCCGUCCAACCUGAACAAGCACGUGCGCCUGCACGCGCAGCGGGAUUCGCCCUACCGUUGCGCGCUGUGCGCCAAAAGGCUGGUCCGACGCAGGGACCUGGACCGACAUCUGCGCGCAAGGCACCAGCUCGAGGCUCCGCCUGUGAUGACAGCGACCAGAGCGCCUCGUGCACAUGUGGCCACUGCGACAGCUGCAGCAGCGUCGGCACUCUCUUCAACACACGCGACGCAGACUGUUCUUCGGGUGAUGCACAAAUGACUGGUGCAGCAAGGGGGGAGGGCGUUUGUGAAAGCUUACGCCGCAGCUUACGCCAAACGUGUACGUCACCGGUCUCUCAGCACGCUGCUCAACCGGCCCACCUCGUCCGAUACAUCCUUUGGAAUGGUUCUGCAACCCCGACAUUAUCACCGACAAAGUGAGAAGUGCUAAGCGUUCGGAACACGUACACGACGAGUCUAUUUUGCUAAUAUAAUUCCCAAAACACGGGUAAGGUUGUUUUGCUCUUUCCUUCUAUAUCUUACGGACCGACAUUGCUCGCCUUACUUAAGUUUACUUCCUUAUUUUACCAAGAAUAAAAAAGAAUAUACCAUCGUCA